AUGUCAAUCAAUCCGAAUGGGUACCGGUCUUUGGCUAAGACUUAUGAGGCAACAACUGGGUUGACGCAUAGCAUCAAAAAACUUAAAAAUAGGUACAAUCAACUAAAGGCGGAGUGGCGUGCAUGGUCGAAGCUAAUGGAUAGCCACAAAGGCCCCACUGGAAUUGGGUUCGACCAAGAGACGGGGUUGAUCAAUGCGUCAGAUGAAUGGUGGGCUAGAAUGGAGAAGCUUGACAAAGAGUGUUGCAAGUUCAGAACAAAGCGGUUGGAUCACGAGGAGUUGAUGCGUCGCGUAUUCACUAGGGCUGUGGCAACGGGUAAAAAUGCUUGGACGCCUGGCGAGAUGCGGAACCAGCUGGAGGUAGAAAGGGAGUCCGACAGUGCCGACUUCUCUAUGGAGAACAACGAGUUUGGUGCCUCUGAAACGGCAAACUUGAUGAAAUCUGCAACCAUUAACGCAUCAGGUAGUGGCACCAAAAGGAGGCACUCAGCUGUCACAGCCGUGCCAAAAAAGCGAAUCACCGGGGCAGAUGCAUUGGCAACAAGCAUGGAUGAUUUGGUGAAUUCGGUGAAGACACAAAGCAAGGAACUCACUGUAAACCAUGUUAUCAGUGGCCAAAGUGUCACUAUGGCCGAAGCAAUUAGACGUCUUUAUGAAAUUCAGGGACUUGACUAA